AUGCGAUUACAAUCUAUAUACCAACAUCUGGAUGCCAAAGAAGACGUCGAUGCGGAAGAAUCCGAACCUCUUCAUCCAGCUAGGCCGGCUGAACGAGCAACCACAAUAUGCGGUAUUCACAUAUUCUCUGUGCCAGGUGGUUUCGUCCUGUUUAAUUUGAUUCUUUUUUGUUGCUCGUUGUUGAUGCUGCUGUGGUCCAUCCUCCACGUGCAAAGGUUAUCCUACAAUGUGGACAAUAGUCUUCUAAAGAAGACCUCCUCAUACUCACCCAUCUUGGACAAAUUUCCCAUCUCUCUCCAAGAAGUCCAAACACAUGGCGCUUUCUUUGCUGAAGAUCCCCCUUCUAUCUUCCAACUCCCUCCCAGUCCUGAGGUAGAUGCCGCAUGGGACCGUAUCUCCGAUACGCAUGCCAUAGCCCUAACGCGAGAGGAGAUCCUCAAGAUGGGCCGCGACCCAGCCGAGCAUUGGCGGUUCCCCCUGGAGUACGGCUACGGGGACGAUGCGUACAUGGGUCUUUUAGAUGUGUUCCAUCAUCUGCACUGUCUGAAUGCGAUGCGACAGGCGGCCCAUCCGGAGUAUUAUUUCGACCACAACCACACCCACGCGCAGUUGGAUGCGCGUUCGCAGCCAGGGAAGGUGCACUUUACGCGCCGCGGUCACGACCUACAUUGCCAGUAUAUUCUGUUGCAGUUUAUUCUAUGCCAUGCCGAUGUCGGUGUCAUCACGUUCAAUAAGGUCGAGGGUGUGCGAGGUCCCAUGGCGGAUUUCAGCAUCGAUCAUAAAUGUCGCGAUUUUGAUCAGAUCCUGCAGUGGAAGUUAGACCACCAAGUAAAUGUCACGGAUGAGCAGUGGGCAUUGAUUAACAGGAUCCCCGAAGGGAUUCGCGAGCUGCCUGGAGAGGGGAGGUCCAGGCCGUUUGGUUUAUGA